AUGGAGUCAGUAAGGACGAGAGCCACGGCGGGGGUGAAGGAAUUUGCGGGGAAGACCCUGGGUCAUGUGUACAGGGUGAUAGAGAGGAAACAGAAAACCGGGGAGGUGAUGGAGCUGACGGAGGACGGGCGGCCCCGGGAGGCCGCGCAGAAGAAACCCCCGCUGUGUGACUGCAGCUGCUUCGGUCUGCCCCGCCGCUACAUCAUCGCCAUCAUGAGCGGCCUGGGCUUCUGCAUCUCCUUCGGUAUCCGGUGUAACCUGGGCGUGGCCAUAGUGGGCAUGGUCAACAACAGCACCGUCCACGAGAACGGCAAGAUCAUCAUCAAAGAGAAAGCCAAGUUCAACUGGGACCCAGAGACAGUGGGACUGAUCCACGGAUCAUUUUUCUGGGGCUACAUCGUUACGCAAAUCCCGGGAGGAUACAUAUGCUCCAGGCUGGCAGCAAACAGGGUAUUUGGUGCAGCCAUUGUGUUAACCGCGACCCUCAACAUGUUCAUUCCCUCGGCUGCCCGAGUCCACUAUGGGUGUGUCAUCUUUGUCAGGAUAUUACAAGGGCUGGUGGAGGGAGUGACUUAUCCGGCAUGUCAUGGCAUCUGGAGUAAGUGGGCUCCUCCACUGGAGAGGAGUCGACUGGCCACCCUGUCAUUCUGUGGCUCUUAUGCUGGUGCUGUGAUCGCGAUGCCUCUGGCUGGGAUCCUGGUUCAGUAUUCAGGCUGGUCCUCUGUGUUCUAUGUCUACGGAUGCGUCGGCAUCUUCUGGUAUGUGUUCUGGAUCCUGGUGUCUUAUGAGAGCCCUGCUGAACAUCCUACCAUCACUGAUGAGGAACGCUGCUACAUAGAGGAGAGCAUUGGAGAGAGCGCCAGCCUUUCAGGUCCCUCCGAGAAAUUCAAGACCCCCUGGAAGAAGUUCUUCACCUCUAUGCCCGUCUAUGCAAUCAUUGUGGCCAACUUCUGCAGGAGCUGGACGUUUUACCUGCUGCUGAUCAGCCAGCCGGCCUACUUUGAGGAAGUCUUUGGCUUUGAGAUAAGCAAGGUCGGCAUGCUCUCCGCACUGCCACAUUUGGUGAUGACCAUCAUCGUGCCCAUCGGCGGCCAGCUGGCCGACUACCUACGCAGCAGGAACAUCCUGACGACUACCACUGUCAGGAAAAUCAUGAACUGUGGAGGAUUUGGCAUGGAGGCCACAUUGCUGCUGGUGGUGGGAUAUUCCCACAGCAAAGGGAUGGCCAUCUCCUUCCUGGUGCUGGCAGUGGGCUUCAGUGGAUUUGCUAUAUCAGGGUUUAAUGUCAAUCACCUGGACAUCGCUCCGCGCUACGCCAGUAUCCUAAUGGGAAUCUCCAAUGGUGUGGGUACCCUGUCUGGGAUGGUGUGCCCAAUAAUUGUUGGUACGAUGACAAAGAACAAGACUCGAGAGGAGUGGCAGUCUGUGUUCCUGAUCGCCUCCAUGGUGCAUUAUGGGGGAGUGAUCUUCUAUGGGAUCUUUGCGUCGGGAGAAAAACAGCCGUGGGCCGACCCAGAACUGACCAGCGAGGAGAAGUGUGGCUUCAUAGACGAGGACGAGCUGGCGGAAGAGACGGGCGACAUCACUCAAAGUUACGGGGCCUUUGGAGGUCAAGCUAAGUCGUACGGUGCAACCACGCAGGUGAACGGAGGCUGGGCUUCAGGCUGGGAGAAGACGGAGGAGUACGUCCAGGAGGAAGCGCAGGCGGGAGGCUACGGAUACAGGCAGGAUGAGGGCUACUCCUAG